AGGCUGCGCUUCGCGGUGAAGCGCGAGCGAGAGCCGCUUCUCUUCCCGGCCAGAGAGAGGAGGCGUGUCGGGGGAGCCAGCGCCCGGGGAAGAUUCUCCCAGAGGCUCAGAAUCGUCGCUUCCCUCUUCACUUCUUGUCACCCGGGCAUUCCCUGCUCUGGACCUGGGGACGAUGGUUAUAAUAGUAACGAAGCUGGUGCACUGCUUUCACCUCAGUCGCAGAUAUGGCCAGUAUACCAUGAAUCAGGAAAUCACCAAAGUUUCAGAAAAGCCUCCAUUUGAUCGAUCAAGUUCCCAGGAUUCUUUGGAUGAACUGUCUAUGGAAGACUAUUGGACUGAAAUACAGAAUAUCAGGAAAUCUAAUGAGAACAGACAAGAAGACCAGGAGGUGGUGGUUGUCAAAGAGCCUGAUGAGGGAGAAUUGGAAGAAGAAUGGCUUAAGGAGGCCGGUUUGUCCAAUCUCUUCGGAGAGGCUGCUGGAGAUCCCCAAGAAAGCAUGGUGUUUUUAUCAACACUGACCCGGACCCAGGCGGCAGCUGUUCAGAAACGAGUGGAGACUGUCUCCCAGACCUUGAGGAAAAAAAACAAACAGUACCAGGUUCCUGACGUCAGAGACAUAUUUGCUCAACAGAGAGAGUCAAAAGAAAAAGAAGCUCCAGAUGGCACCGAAUCACAAUCAGUUGGAACAGAUGAAAACAAAGAUCAAGCAAAAGAUGGCCAGGCAUCUAGCCUAGUUGUUGGUGAAAAGGACCUGAUUCCACUGGUGCCUGAGGAGGCACCUGCCUCUGAAACAGACAUCAACCUGGAGGUAUCAUUUGCAGAGCAAGCAGUCAAUCAGAAAGAGAGUGCCAAGGAGAAGACCCUGAGAAGCAAAGGCGAUGAUGCCCUGUUACCUAGUUUCAGAUUGCCAAAAGACAAAACAGGCACCACCAGGAUCGGUGACCUGGCACCCCAGGACAUGAAGAAAGUUUGCCAUUUAGCCCUAAUUGAGCUGACUGCCCUCUACGAUGUAUUGGGUAUUGAACUGAAACAACAAAAAGCUGUGAAAAUCAAAACAAAAGAUUCUGGCCUGUUUUGUGUUCCAUUGACAGUACUGUUAGAACAAGAUCAGAAGAAAGUCCCAGGAACUCGAAUACCUUUGAUAUUUCAAAAACUGAUUUCUCGAAUUGAAGAAGGAGGUUUGGAAACUGAAGGCCUCUUAAGAAUACCCGGAGCUGCCGUUAGAAUCAAGAAUCUUUGCCAAGAACUCGAAGCAAAGUUUUAUGAAGGGACUUUUAAUUGGGAAAGUGUCAAGCAGCAUGAUGCCACCAGCCUGCUGAAACUCUUCAUCCGGGAGCUGCCCCAGCCGCUGCUCAGUGUGGAAUAUCUCAAAGCGUUUCAGGCUGUCCAGAAUCUUCCAACCAAGAAGCAGCAACUACAGGCUUUGAACCUUCUUGUCAUCCUGCUGCCUGAUGCAAACAGAGACACACUCAAGGCCCUGCUUGAAUUUCUCCAAAGAGUGGUAGACAAUAAAGAGAAGAAUAAGAUGACAGUCAUGAAUGUAGCAAUGGUCAUGGCCCCAAAUCUCUUCAUGUAUCACACAUUGGGUUUGAAGUCCAGCGAACAGCGAGAAUUUGGAAUGGCAGCCGGGAUAGCUCAUAUCAUGCACUUACUGAUUAAGUAUCAAAAACUUCUGUGGACAAUUCCCAAGUUUAUUGUCAACCAAGUGAGGAAGCAAAACACCGAAAAUCAUAGAAAAGAUAAAAAAGCCAUGAAGAAAUUGCUGAAGAAAAUGGCUUAUGACCGAGAAAAAUAUGAGAAGCAAGAUAAGAGUGCAAAUGAUGCUGACGUUCCUCAGGGAGUGAUUCGAGUGCAAGCUCCCCAUCUUUCGAAAGUUUCCAUGGCAAUACAGCUAACUGAAGAACUCAAAGCCAGUGAUGUACUUGCCAGGUUUCUCAGCCAAGAAAGUGGGGUUGCCCAGACUCUCAAGAACGGGGAAGUUUUUUUGUAUGAAAUUGGAGGAAAUAUUGGGGAACGCUGCCUUGAUGAGGACACUUACAUGAAGGACUUGUAUCAGCUCAACCCAAAUGCUGAGUGGGUUAUAAAGUCAAAGCCAUCGUAGAAGACUUGAGCCACCAGUGACCACAAGGACUUCCUUAGUAAUGCUUGCUGGGUCAAGGGUGUAGAUAAAAGAGACGGGCAGGACUCUUGUGUGUUAUUCUGACACACCCAGCUAUUGAAUAGUGACACUCUCAAGCCUUAAAAUGUUAUAGAUUUGUGCUGCUGCCAGAUUAUGUCAAUUAUUAUUGUUAAUAUUAUUAUUGGAAAGCAAAUAUCUCUGGAGUGAGAAGAAAGGGGCUUACCUAGCUUGUAGGCUAAUUUUAUGUACCCUGUGAAAUAUGUCCAGCUGUGAUACCAUUUUUCUUUAAUAUGAAAAUAAUACUCUCUUCCCUCUUACUUUUUUUCUCCUAAAAUGAUACAUCCAGUAGUAGGUGCUUUUUCACCUUUCUCUCCUCCUGACAUCUGCCUUCCCCCAUUUAGAUUUGCUUUUCAACCAAAAAGGUAGCAAACACCAGGUAUGGCAAGUUGUGAAGACAGUACAGCUUAAAACAGACUGAAUUCAGCAGUAUUCCUGGCACUCUUGAAUGUUAAUAUUCAUCUCUUUGAAUCACUGGUUCAGACAAUGGCUUCCCGCUUCUCCCUGCCGUGUCACGUGAAGUGAUUUGCAUUUCUUUUUUCAGUUCUUCUGACCUAGGUGCACGGAACUGUAUCCACUACCAAGAAAACAGAACUGUCAGAAACUGCCAAUUAUUAAUCCACCACUUAAGACUUACAUAGUCAGAAUAAAUAAAAUGUAUCCGUGUGGCAUAACUGGAUUAUGGAUAACAAGAGAGUGAAAGCCAGAUCACGUCACGUGUUCUGCACCCUUCUAAAUGAAAUACAGAGUCACAGCUGGCUUUACCUACCGUCGUAUUAGCAUAAAUAUGCGUGAAAGUAUGAUCCAGUAAUUGUCGAGAAUGCAUUCUACUGAAAGAGGGUUUUUUUCUACUCAUAAAUAUGUCAGCAGGAAGAGUUAUUCUUCUGGGUAUGACACAGUCAUAUGAACAAGCUUUUGUUUGUGUACUUAUAAUAAUCAGAGCAAAUUCAUUAAAAUGCUGUGGAAGUUCCCAUUUUCAGGGAUUUUAAUGCACACACCAUAUUGUGACAAGUGAUGAGCCUCUGUACUGUAAAUAAGAGGGAUGAAGUGAGGGAGAGUCUGUUCAAUAUUUUAUGAGUUUAGAGUGUAGUAAAUAAAAGGUGAUGUAAAUGAAUGUUGCACAAACUGUGUUUAUGAUACUUUUAGUAGGACUUUAGGAAAAAUUGCACACUUUCAGAAGCUCUUGCAGUCACUCUAAUGAGGAGGGAAAUGCUGCUAAUGAGAACGGUUGCAAAUUUUGGGCAUAUAAUUACAAGAGCAGCCUGUGGAUAUGAUCACUUAAGUAACUGGUGAUUUGUGCCAUUGCUUUUUUAUUUAAAAAUUUUUUAUAAUUAAAUGCAUUUUUCUAAAUGAUCUUCUCGGAAUUACUGCUUUUAAUCCUAUCCAUUCACAAGUGUAAUAAUGGCCUAUUUUGAGUUUUCCUGCUCCUGUUGCUCCUGUGUAGUUUUUUAAAGUGGGAAGACGUGUGGGAGAUAGAAACUUGUUUCCUUUCUUAGCUUUUUUCUUUAUGCAGAUUUCUAUUGUUUAGAAUUUUUCAAAGCACACUGUAUUCUGUUUCUGAUUCCAACAAUGUACAUUCAUUCCCCAGUUAGCAAAAUGUUUUAGUAAUGGUUUAAUGUAAUGAAAAACAAUUAAAAAUAUAAAACCAA